AUGAAGACCAUUCCCAGCGGUGAUGAACUUCAGUCCGCCAAAGCCACCCAAGUUGAUCUAUUAACGGAGGUCGAUAGCAGAUCCUCGAGUAAAGCCAGAAAGCGGAGACGUUCGAGACCGGAUUUGAUUACUUCUCUUUCAUCCACGCGCGGAAAAGCCUCGAUGAACAAAGGCGGCAUGCAAAGUCCCAGUCAGAGGUGGCUUGGUCAGGGGAAGAGAGCGGGUGACCGGGAUGUUGGAAACCGCCGACACCGUGAAAAUGAAGCAUCUUCUGCGUCCAACCCCUCAGUAACACGUAGCAGGCAUAUCGAAGAACUCAAGGCGACCAUUGCUACACAAGGUCAAACAAUCUCAAUCUUCCAGUCCCAGUCUACCAGUUUGAGAUCGUCGUGCGAGUCACGCGUUGCAAGCCUUGUAGAAUCACACUCGGCAGAAGUUGCGUCUUUGAAGAAUUACAUUCGAACGCUUGAAGAGCAGGUUAGCAAGCAAGGCCUGCAUCACGCGUCAAGUAAUAAUGCCCUGACUGUCCUGGACACCAUAGGAACACCGCACACGCCAAUUCGAGAAACCGCACAAGUUAUAGUGGAUACCGUAUCUGCCAGUCCGAUCGAACCUGAGGAUAAAGAGCAAUCGCCCCAACGCUUGGAAACCAGCUUUGAGAUGGAGAAUCUAAAGCGGAAGCUAAGCAGCACCCGCAGAUCCGAAACGACAACCCGAAAUCUACUUCCCGAGCUCAACCAAUACAAACAGAACAAUGUUGCUCUUCAACAGCAAAUCGAAUCUCUGAUGGCGAAGUUGAAUGAAUCAAAGAAAAGCGAGAGGGAACUUCGUAACAUACUUGGGAUGACUGAGAUGAAAUGUGCCGAGUUUGAAGAUAAGGCAACGCAUGCCGACAAGCUUGCAAAAACCACACAAGCUCUACAAAAUACCAUAGAUCACCUUGAGAACCGUCUUGAGAUUGCGAACACAAAGCGACUAGACGCGGAAGAACAGCUUUCGAAUUUGAGAAGCGAUAAAUCACCUUUCGACCUUUCUCCUCCCAAGUCCCACGUACCAUCAAGCGAAAAACAAGCAACAUUUGGUGCUUGUAUGAACACAAACACAGUCUUCCCCGGCGCUUCAAUUGUCAGUUCGGAACUCGACUCUCAAGAAAAUUCAACGUUAGCUGCAUUCGUGGCGGACAUGGAACGCCUACAAGAUCAAGUCAGAGAGAAGGAUCUCUACAUUGCGGAAUUGGAGAAAGAGCGACAGCAACUGCGGCAAACACACAUCCGGCUUGAACAGGAUCACAACAAAGUCGCUAUUCAUUCGGAAAUACAGGAUCAAUCACAAGAAGCACGCCGAACAGAUACUUACAUGGAACAACUUCGAAAUGCAGUCUUGAACCGCGAAUCAUUGAUUGAAGAGAAGGAUAGGGAUCUUCGCGCUGUGGAGAGGCAGUUAGAGCAUCACAAACUCUUGUUGCAAGCAGAAAUAAGGCGACAUGCGGCAAUGAAGCUUCACAUGGCCACGGAGGAUGACUCGUUGCCUGAGCUCACCUCGCUUGCCAGACGGGAAGAUAUCGAUAGGUGGAUGGACAGACUCCACGAGCGCCUGAGAAGAGAGCAGUCUAAGAAGAAGGGAAAGACCCUUACUGACACUCCGGACGUGCAGAUGGAAAGUAUGCAAAAUGAAAUCGACUUCUAUGUCCGGGAGAUCAUUCUCUUCAAGCUUGACAUCAAAGGAUAUAAAAGCGAUAUUCGAAAGCUGAAAAAGAUCACUGCGCAAAUGGAAGCUUAUGGCAGGACGGAUGAGUUGGAGUCUGAGGCGUGUUCCCUUAGGCAAACAGCUACAUCUGUGCGCUCACAGUUCGUGCCACCAACACCGGAGCUCUCCAGCACUGCCUCACCUGUCAUGGACAAAAACCAUACCAGAACUACUACAGACGAUCUAGGGGAAGGUUCUGUCACUCCCUCGCCAUCGGCUCCCUCACGCAAUCUGGACUAUGUAGCUACCGUCCUAAGGAACUCGCGCGAGCUCGACAUACCAACGACAUUGCAUGAAACAGGGCAUGGGGAUGACUGCACAGUAGAAACUGAUCACAUGGACUGUGGAGUAUCUUCGUACACGGCUGGAUCGCGGUCAGCCGAGUGCCGGGAGCCUACGGUACGUACGCUGAUGGUGUCAUAG